AUGGCUUUCUUGAGGAGGACAUUUAUAUUGAGAAACCUGAAGGAUUUCCAAUCAAAGGGCAUGUAUCAGCUCAAAAAAGCUUUGUAUGGACUAAAGCAAGCGCCUAAAGCUUGGUACAACACGAUUGAUGAGCAUUUGGCGCAACUAGAUGAUAUACUGGUUACUGGAAGAAAUGAUGAACUUGUUAAGAGAUUUAAAGAAGAUAUGCGACAGACUUUUGAGAUGACGAAUUUGGGAGAAAUGGUGUAUUUUCUAGGAAUGGAAAUCAAGCAAGGACAAAUUCAAGUGUUAAUAUGUCAAAUAAAUUAUGCAAAAGACAUUUUAAAAAUUUUCAGAAUGGAAAAUUGCAAAGAGACAACUACUCCAAUGUGUCAAAAGGAGAAGUUGAGCAAAAAUGAUGAUGCUGGAAAAAUGGAUGAGACUCUUUACCAGUGUUUGGCUGGAUGUUGCAACUGGCUCUCAUUUUUGAGCAACUAA